GAUAUGAAGACCAGCUGUGUCAAAAUGUUAAUUUUGAAUUUUUUAUUUAUAAUUUUCGGUAUUCAAAGAAUUUGCCACGCGUGCACACCUCUGGAUAACAAAUAUGAUAAUAUCGAGGAUGACGUGGAUAAAUACAAAAUGUUAGUAGAACCUCUUCAGUCUGUUCUACCGGUUUAUGACGAGGAGACUGUGCCAAAUCUGGAGAAACUCUAUCAGCAGUUCCAACUCGGAAAGAAAAAUGAAGACGUUCAUCUGAACAUGACACAACUGAUCACAAAAUAUGGCUAUCCAGUCGAGACACAUCACGUUACAACCCCUGAUAAAUACUGCCUUACGAUGUUUCGGAUUCCGAAGCCGAAUGCGCCAGUCGUCUUCCUGAUGCAUGGAGUACUCUGCAGUUCAGAUGAUUGGAUAGUUAAUGGCCCUAGACUAGGACUGGGCUACGUUUUAUCAGACCUUGGAUACGACGUGUGGUUUGGGAACGCCAGAGGAAACAAGCACUCCAGGCGUAACUUGGAUGUUCCGCCCGCAUGUGGUGAGUUCUGGCACUUUAGUUUUGAUGAAAUCGGUCGAUAUGAUAUCCCUGCUAUGAUUGACUACACACUUGAAACCACUGGAAGGAAUAAACUGGCCUACAUAGGUCACUCCCAAGGAACGACAGCAUUUUACGUGAUGGCAUCAGUUAAACCAGAGUAUAACGAUAAGAUAUCGAUUAUGAUAACUCUGUCAGCGGUGGUGUUCAUGUCUCAUGUGAGGAGUCCUCUGUUUCAACUUAUAGCUCCAUUUCUUGGUGAUUUCUCAGUUAUAGCUAAAAGCAUUGGAGCAUAUGAAGUAGAACCGCGUGACGCUGUGGUAGACGCUGUCACGUCAACGUUCUGUGGUUCACCAGAAACAGCUGAGAUGUGUUGUAAUUUUGGUGUGUUUAGCUUAGCGGGGUUUAAUUAUGCACAAGCGAAUUGCUCGGUGUUACCUGUUAUAUUUAGUCACUACCCAUCAGGGUCAUCGGUCAGACAGUGCAUUCAUUACUCUCAAGAGGUUGUGUCAGGUAAAUUUAGGAAUUACGACCACGGUGAAGAGAAUAACUUGGUGAUAUAUGGAACGAGCGAGCCUCCAGACUAUCCCUUGCACAAUGUGACCUGUCCCGUUGCACUUUUUUACAGCAACAACGAUUGGUUGACGAGUGCCACCGACAUUGAAACAUUUCUGCAGCAUGUCCCCAAUGUUGUAGAGUUUUACCACGUGCCGUGUGCAUCUUUCAAUCACUUUGACUAUUUGUACGCUAAAGACGCUGAUAUAUACGUCAACCGAGAAGUCAAGCGUAUAUUGAAAAAAUAUGUGUGCGAAUAAAUGUACAAUAAUGUUUUAAUGAAGCUUAAUAAAUAUAGUUAUCAUU